CCCGCCCCUCCCGGUUCUGUCGGUUGAGGCGAGCCGAGAGUAAAUAGAAGCAGGAGCCCAAAAUGGCGGAGCUGUCGGGCUCGGUUCGUGGCGCGGCGUCGCCCGAGCAGGAGCCGUUCGGCACCAGGCCGGCCCCGGACGCGAAGGCUUCCCGUGGGUCCCAGCCAGCCGCCAAGAAGAUGAAGGGAGCUGACGAGAGGAGCCUGAAGGGCACUAAGCGCGUUAACGGUGAAGGGGGCGGCGGUGGCGGGAGCGGCAAGCAGUCGCUGCCGAUGCCAGCGGUCGUGCCGCCCUACAGCAGCCCCGCGGCGUGGGGCUUCCCCGCGCUCCCCUCCGGCAGCACCGGCGGCUUCGCGUUCCCUGCUCAGCUGUCCCGGAAGCUGCUGUCGCCCGCCGUUUUGCUGCCGUCGUCCGCCUCCCCCUCCUCCUCCUUCCAGCAGCACCAGCACCGCCACCACCGGCACCGCCUGGCUCUGGCGGUCGAGGUGGGCGGCGGCGGGGCGGCCGGCGGCGGGAGCGCCAAGCCGAAGAGGCCCAAGGAGAAGCGGGACAAGGAGAGGAGGAAGCACGGGGCGCUGCCCGUGGUGGCGGCGGUGGGAGAUGGCGGCGGGGGCCUGAGCGCGGCAGGCCGGGAGGAGAACGGGGAGGUGAAGCUGCUGCUGCCCAAAGCUCAAAUCAAAGACAAAAUUAAAGAAAGGGAAAAGAAGCAAAAAGAGAAGAAGAAGCACAAAAUAAUGAAUGAAAUCAAGAAAGAAAAUGGAGAGGUUAAAUUACUGCAGAAAGGUGGGAAGGAGAAACCAAAAACCAAUGCGGAAGAGCUACAGAUUAAAAAAGUGAAGAAGAAAAAGAAAAAGAAACAUAAAGAGAAUGAGAAGAGGAAGCGUCCAAAAAUGUACAGCAAAUCCAUUCAGACCAUCUGCUCAGGAUUGGUUUCUGAUAUUGAGGAUCAGGAAACCAAAGGCAUCAUAGAUGGUCAUCUUAAGGAUUUCAAUGGGAAAAAUAUGGAUCCCAAGAAGGACUGUGAGUCCAAGAUACCAGAGAACAGUGAGUUUCCAUUUGUCUCGUUAAAGGAGCCACGGGUUCAAAAUAAACUCAAAAGGUUGGACACAUUGGAGUUCAAACAGCUGAUUCAUAUUGAGCACCAGCCUAACGGAGGUGCAUCAGUUAUCCAUGCCUACAGUAAUGAACUCUCCCACUUAUCUCCUGUGGAGAUGGAGAGAUUUGCAGAAGAGUUUGUGGGUCUGGUUUUUAGUGAAAAUGAAAACUGUGCAGCUUACUAUGUAAUGGGUAUUGUUCAUGGGGCAGCUACUUAUUUACCUGACUUUUUAGACUACUUUUCAUUUAAUUUUCCCAAUUCACCAGUGAAAAUGGAGAUUUUGGGAAAGAAAGAUAUAGAGACAACGACUAUGUCAAAUUUUCAUGCUCAGGUAAAAAGAACAUACUCUCACGGUACGUAUAGAGCUGGCCCAAUGAGACAGAUCAGCCUGGUUGGAGCAGUUGAUGAGGAAGUGGGGGAUUACUUCCCUGAAUUCCUUGAUAUGUUGGAAGAAUCACCCUUCUUAAAAUGUACACUGCCAUGGGGAACGCUUUCUAGUUUAAAAUUAGAGAGUCGUAAAGACAGUGAUGAUGGUCCCAUUAUGUGGGUACGUCCAGGAGAACAGAUGAUCCCUGUGGCUGACAUGCCAAAGUCACCUUUCAAAAGGAAGAGAACUACCAAUGAAAUAAAAAACUUGCAGUACCUACCUCGAACCAGUGAACCACGUGAAAUGCUAUUUGAAGACCGGACACGAGCCCAUGCGGAUCACAUCGGACAAGGUUUUGAACGACAGACCACAGCUGCUGUGGGAGUGUUGAAGGCUGUGCACUGUGGAGAGUGGUCUGAGCAGCCUCGUAUAACCAAAGAUGUAAUUUGUUUUCAUGCUGAAGACUUCUUAGAGGUAGUUCAGCGAAUGCAAUUAGAUUUGCAUGAGCCUCCACUCUCACAGUGUGUCCAGUGGGUUGACGAUGCAAAACUUAAUCAGCUGCGAAGGGAAGGCAUUCGAUAUGCCAGAAUUCAGUUAUUCGAUAAUGACAUUUAUUUUAUCCCAAGGAAUGUUGUGCACCAGUUCAAAACAGUUUCGGCUGUGUGCAGUUUGGCUUGGCACAUCCGGCUCAAGCUGUAUCAUUCAGAGGAAGAACUUUCUCAAAAUACAAGUACUGUUGAAGCAGGGACCUCUGCAGACCCCAAGUCUUCGGUUAUUGGACUUCAGACUGACAGCAGAAUUUGUACGAUAAGCAAAAAUACCUCCGAAGACACCAAAUUUUCAGAUGCUCUGCAGACAAAGUAUCUGCAGCAGGAAUUUAUGCCGAUAAAACAUGAACCUAUUGCACCUCACCGAAUAAAAGAAGAACCCAUGAAUGUUGAUCUUGCUGAAAAGACGGUGGCACCUAAUGACGUCGGGGGCCAGAAUGUUCAGACUAGAUUGGAUCACGUGGAAUUAACGGCAUUUAAGUUGGAAAUGGAUUCUAAAUUUGAACCUGGCAACAAGGACUUACAAGGCAAGUUAUGUCCUGGAGGUCACGUACAUCCAGAUGAUACAAGACAACAUAGCUCGUCGUAUCCCAAACUGCAUGGACAAAGAGAGGAUGAUUUUUUGUGCUGAAUUUGUAUAUAUGGUUUUAAAUUCCUUUUUAAACUUAAUGAUGUAAUAAUGUAAAGAUUCAUAAACUCUGUGAGGUAAGUUUGUGACUUGCCUUCGCAUCUGUUACAGAAAAUAGUUAUGUAGCUUUGUAACAUUCCUCAGUGCCUGUCCAUAACUGUGAAGUAUCAAAGCACUUAGGGCCAGAUGCACUGUAAACACUGCAGGUUUAACAUAAAGAAGUCUUUAAAUAAUUUUGAGUUGUAGGUUUUAGAGUAGAGCUGACAUUUAACAUAUAUAUUUUUUGUAAGAUGAGCCAGAAUUCUUUUUGACAAUUCCAGGCUUUUCCAUAGAGCUUAUUUAUACCAAUUUUUUCAUUUUAAAUGUGUCAGCACUGUAGUGUAAAUAUCUUUUUUAAAAAUCUUUUUAGUGUGAUUUAUACUGAAAUGUGAGCCACUUAAUAAAGGUUCAUAAUAACAGAUUGGUUUUAUUUUUGGGUCUGCAAAAAAUAAUUCAGUUAAACUGCCUCUCUACAUGGUUCUGUUUCUACCUGCACUAAGGCAUAGGAUGCCCUUGCGCUGUCGUGGGGCGAGAUGUAGCAACCUGAGGUAGAGCUGAGGCAUUCUUUGUAAAUGGAGAUCAGUCAGUGCAAAUCAGUCCUCCCUUGACAGGAUCCCUCACAGCUGCUCGCUACAGGCGCGCCCCAAGCUGCUGUGGUCAGAUGCUGGGGUGGAACCGAGCGGCAGCCCUGGUCCUCCUGUGGGGCACAGCGGUGGGGCCAAGCGAGGGAGCCAAGUCCCUGCUGCGCUCACCUCUGCCCCUGCUCAAACCACAGCUGGAACAGCGCCAUCUCACAGCAGAGAGAACCACCCCCCUCAACUUAAAUCAGUUAUCUGACUAAAAUUAAAGAAUGUUUAAACCUUUACUUAUCGACCUGUAAAGGCCUCAGGUUUAGCAGUGGCCUGUGAUUCCCAGGAAUUGCUCCCCGCACUGAUAGCGCCAGGCAAUAAAGAUACUUGCCAGUAUGUCUAGUAGGAAGAUUCCUCCUCAGUUCAGCUUGUAAAUGAGAGUUGUUUCAUUACAAUAAUAACAGUGGUGUCCAAGUUAACUGCUCUCUCUUCCCACCUAUGGAACGCUUGAGUUCUCUUAAGCCAUGCUCUGAGGGAAGAGGAUUUCAAGGCUAGCUAGCAUCUCACGUGGUAAUGGCAAAAACUCCAGCAUUUAACUUAUUUGAUUCUUUGUGUAACAUGUUACUGUAUAGUUCAAACACAUCUGAAUGAUAUUUCUUUUUCAGGUAGCUACAACUAGCAGUAAACUGUCCUACAGCCUGUCUUUCAACUAAAUAUUUAAAACUUAAGAACCUUAGGCCUAUUGUUAUUUCCAAAGCCCUAUCUAUCUCAGAUUUUUGUUUUAUUUUUCCCUAUAACUUUCUGAAAGUAUGUUCCCAGUGUGUACCCAGUUUAUAACCUUUGAUGCGCUUAACUGAUCACUUUGGCUUCAUUUGUAGCAAUAGAACAAUAUGAUUUCCGGGUGAUGUCCAAUUCAACUAGCUGAGGCCCUUUUGUUGCAAAUGGUUUUUGCUUAUAGGUAGUUAAAAUUCAAAAUGUUACUGCGUACUUAUGCCUGGCACUCAAAUCUGCCAUUUAACAGAUGAGUGCCCUGAUUUGUUUAAAUCUAAAAUAGGUCUGGCAAGGAAUUAUUAAUUAAAUCAAUAUUUGAAUUGCUAAACAUUACUCCUACGUAGCCAUAAUUACCUAUUGGAGAAGCAAUAGAAACAUGAAUCUUUUGGAUGUGGCUGAUAUGUCUGUAAGUCUAACUGCUGGAUUCUUGGAUGCUGGCUAAGAGGUUAGUACCAGUUUUGCAGCCUCAGGGAUCUUGCUUUCCCCUCACACCAGGAGCAGAUGAUUCAUGUGUGACACGAUUAUUUAUUCCUCUGGCAGAUUCUGAUUCGAAAAACUAAUUCGUUUGUGUAACAAUUUGAGCCUUUCUGAUAAAAAUGUGGUCUCAGCUCCCUUUGUGUUUUCUGAAUUAUCUGGAAACUUCCACCUGUAAUCUCUGACGUUCUGAACAUCCAUACACAAUUUUGGAGCCUUCUGUCUGUGUUCUCUGUGCCCGCCAUUGGAGAGCAGUGGAGGAGAAGAAAGAGCAGAGCUGCACGUUGUAAUUUACUCCAUGCACGCAGCUUUCCAAGGGGGUUAAGCAGAAGGCUCCAGCUUUAUCAAAACCAGCCUUGCCAGAUACUGGUUUUUAAAAAAAGAUUGUAUACUACUCAUCCAUAUGCUGAUUGUUCAUUGGAGUUGUUUGUGGGGGUUUUUUUGGUGGGUUUUUUGUUGUUUUUUCCUAUUGGUCAGAUUUUAGUGAAGUGUAUGCAUACAUCCCCUGGGCAGCCAACAUCUUCCUGCAUCACAGGCCCUGUCUCGACUGAAAAAAUAAAUCUUUGAUUUAGCAAAAUCAUAACUUUAUACUUAAGAGCAGAACUUCGUUUCCCUUUGAAGACCUGCUCAGUGCCAUUAUGGCCUCAAACCUCUGCUCAGGUUAUGUCGCGGUUCUGAAAUUGUGCUUCUAAACUGCCUACAGCUUCAACCCUUUUUUUUCUUCUUUUUUUUUUUAAUCACUUUCAGAAUUUUAGGAACUCAAACUGGCAGGUUUUGCAGUUUUUGUGUAUCCGUUAUUUUGGUUUUUGAGACAGACUAGAUUCUCAUUUUGGGGCAGAAUUCCUUGCAGGCACGAUCUGAACAAUACAGGGAUUACCAAUGGCUCUCAGAGCUCCCAUUGCAUUCAAAGGUGUGAACGGUCUGGGUUGACUGCCUAUAUUAGUGUAUAUUCUUACUUUGCUUUAAAAAGAAAAGAGAUUCUUUGUCCUGUACCUGUGCUGUACUCAUUUUGACGCAGCUGCUCUUGAAGAGGGGAGUACGUUUUCUGACAAUUUCAGCUCCCAAAUUGUUCAUUAAUCUGACAAAGGUCUUGCUUUGGUUUCCAGUGCUCCUAUACUAUAACGUUUAUUCCUGCUGCAUACAACUUUAUAUUCAGACUUUUGCUUCAGCAAUAAAUCUUUCAUGUCUUCUGAUGUA